UGCACUUCUCCUGAGCCGUCAAAUACAAAAAGUGUUUCGUCUCUGGACGUCUUCCACGUAGACCUGUACUCGUUCAUCGACGAUGAAUGUACGCCCUGGGACUGAGACGCUGCGCUUUCCGCGUCCAGCGUCGGACGCGUCAAAGAAGAAGGAUCCGCCAAAGCCUAUGCCGCGACAUGACGGUCUUUUGCAGGAUCAGACUCGAAGGGCACAGCGUCCACCAUGGUGUCCAAGUUUUUCCAUGGCAGUCCGCAUCCUUCUACUCAUCCGAGUGAGUGGAGCUAUGUACUCUAACAUAUCUGAUUGCGAUGAGGUGUAUAAUUUCUGGGAACCCUUACACUAUCUUGACCGAGGAUACGGAUUUCAAACUUGGGAAACGUCACCUCAAUAUGCUAUUCGGAGUUGGGCUUACGUUGCUCUGCAUCUAUAUCCUGCGACUGCUCUGACGUGGCUCUUGGGCCUGGAUAAGAGGGCAUCCUUCUUCGCUCUACGCAUAUUCUUCGGAUUCGUGUCAUCCUUAUGUGAAGCAAAGCUCUACCGAACUGUGAUGGAGACAAUCAACUUCCGUGUUGGACGCUAUAUGUUAUUCAUGCUCAUGUUCAGCGCAGGAAUGUGGAAUGCAUCUACAGCUUUCUUGCCGUCUAGCUUUGCAAUGUUCUCCAACAUAUUAGCUUUCUCCUAUAGCUUACACCCACCUUCCGUCUCAAACAGUCGACGAACAUUAUACUCAACGGUUCUCUUCGGUAUGGGUGCCAUAGUCGGUUGGCCCUUUGCACUGGCAAUUGCAAUUCCUUUCGUGUUUGAGGAGCUCUUUGUUUAUGGAGCAGACCGCGUACCUUCAGAAAAGCGGACUGCCUGGUUCCUUGCUCGCGUCGUGAGACUGUUUACCGCGGGUGCAUGUGCAGCACUUCUAUUUAUACCGGUUAUUGGAAUUGACUCGUUAGCGUAUGGCCAUUUGACAAUCGUUCCGUGGAAUAUCGUCAAAUAUAAUGUUCUUGGUGGAUCAUCCCGCGGACCUGAUCUCUACGGAACGGAGCCUUGGCAUUUUUAUAUUCAGAAUUUACUAUUGAACUUUAACGUCCUCACGCCUCUCGCUCUACUAGCUCUCCCAGCACUAGCGAUUACAUACUUCGUGGAUAACAAACGUGUAGGUGGGCCGUUAAGGUCGACGUCCUCCGCGGAGAAGGAGAAAGACAAAGCUCUCGGUUCCCGUAGUUCGCCGUUUACACUUCUUGCAAUUCGUCUUGCGCCAUUCUACGUUUGGUUUGGUAUCUUCACCCUGCAGGCGCAUAAAGAAGAACGAUUUUUCUUCCCUGCGUACCCGUUCCUCGCGUUCAACGCUGCGGUUGCGUUGUACCUUGUUCGUGGGUGGUUAGAAGCCGCGUACGUGAAGGCAACGCGCUCGCCUUACAAAGCGUCUCGCACCUCGUGGUUCCAAAUUACGACUUUGGCUGUGGUGUUCUUCGCAUCUGUAAUUUCGGUCGCAAGGAUCCUCGCGCUUAGCUACUACUUCCACGCACCACUCGAAGUCGCACAUCACUUCGAGUCUCACGAGCUCGUUCGGGUGUUAAACGUUACAGGACUCCUCGCAGCACCUCCCCCACCUCCACCAACACUCCUAAAACGAGGGAAGAACAAGCAAAACGAACUUGAUAGACAACGAAUCGACCUUUCACCGAUAAAGUCACUUAAUUUGACGUUGUGCUAUGGGAAGGAGUGGUAUAGGUUUCCGGGUCAUUUUCUUGUUCCGGAUGGUGUGAAUGUGGAGUUUGUGAAGAGUGAGUUUGAUGGGAUGUUACCGAGGCAUUUCGUCCAGAGCAACGUCUCGGAGAAUACGAGUGGCGGGGUUAGUGGACUUUGGAAGAGGAGUGGGACAAGGUACGUUCCCGAGGAUCUAAACGACCUAAAUGAAGAGGAUCCAAGGCAUUAUGUCGACAUCAAAUCAUGCCACUACCUGAUCGACCUGGACUCCCCCAACCACCCUUCCUCAAGCCCUCAUGAGCCACGCUACGCCAUUGACGAUGAACACUGGCAACGCAUGUACUGCGCACCUUUCCUCGACUCUGCGCAUUCACCACUUUUGACGCGCGCGAUUUGGUUGCCGGGGAAGUGGUGGCAGACACUUAAUUCUUAUGGGGAUUAUUGUCUCUUGAAGAGGAAGGACAUUUUCUAACUCCGACGGAAAAGCGUGAUGAUCCACGCAUAUACUUUGUGUUUUGUAGUUCUGGACAUUCUGCUUUGAUAAUUGACGCAAUACAUAUACAUAAUGACUACAUACUGUAAUGGACAUUCGCUCUUCGGAGUGAAAAGGACAAGACUUUUGGGGAUUUUGUACAAGUCAGGGGAACCAUAGAUAAUGGGAUAUGAGGAAGAAAACGUUGAAACGAGUGAAUUGCCGUCAAGCCUUUCUUGACGGGACAGAAGGCCUCGCUUGUUUUUCCUCAUGAGUAGUGUUUAUGCCGAGGUGCAGCAGGCAAAGUCGUCACGGGCACAUUAUCAACCACCUCUACACGCACAGAAUGCGGUCUCCGACGCCCUUCCACCUCGGAAUCACAGAGCUUCAUCAACUCCUCCGGGGGCAUGAUCGGACCUAUGAGCGGAGGCGUGUUGCUGCCGAUGAACGACGGAGUCCUAUUCAAUCCUGCCUCAUUCAUAUUCACAGUCGUAUUCGCAUUCACAUCUACGUCUUCGCGAUGACCGAGAGUAGACGCAGAACGAGACCGCUCGUGUGUUGAGAGGGCGUUGGUGGCACUGAGUCUCCCGCGCAUAAAGUCCUCCGGUGUCGUAUCGCUAUGACUUCCGCGGCGAUGUUUGGUACUUAAAAGUGGAGGACGUGGAGGAGGUUUAAGCCUCGGCAGGAUGAAUGAAUGAGAGUGUGUCGGAUUGAUAUCAAUAUUGAUGACUUGCUCGGAUUCGGAAGGCCGUCUGGUCCGUGCUCGCGUUUUCGUGGUGCUUUUGGGUGAAGAAACGGAGCUACGUGACUCGCUCCUAGCAAUGGACGUCACUGACGCAAGAGAAGAGUUCGAAGCACGAGUGUGUAACUGGGGUAAGUCUGGAGGCUCGAGUUUCUGAGCGACAAGGUUCGGUAAAAGGGUCUUCUUCAUGAUAUGCAGCACUUUGACCUUGAUCGAGCGAGAGGGGUUGAGCAAAGCAGGCGUACAGCUGAAGGAUAGCGGAGUCAUAAGCUUCUCGCCUUUGUGCGAGUUACGAUUCGAGACAAAAUAUUCGAAGCGCCAGUUCAACCGAAUGAUUCGGCCUCCGUUGCUGCUGGUGCUUCCAUUUGUACCGGGACGUUCCAUGUCGACACGAUGGUCCUCGGUACCAUGUACGAAGAACACACCAUUAUCGCGCAGCACUAGCGUCGCCGCACGCGUAAUAUAAUCCCGAUUCUCAUCUCCGCCCGUAGUUAGGCGGGUCAGCGUAGGUGCCCGGUCAAGAGCCGCAUGGUGGAAUGGAUGAGCCGUGCGGGUGACGGGCAGAAAUUCGGCAACGGUCGUAUAGAGCGGGUCAUGUUCGUCCGUAAUCUCCAUCACUCCAGGAGGUAAAGGACCAUAUUGGUCUUGAGAGUACGGGAGACCAUUGCUGAUAGAUGCGAGGUAGAAUCUGGGCCGGAUAGCGCGGAAACCUUCUUGAUCGAUCCAGAGCUCUACGACGGUGUCGCGUAGCCAUUGCGCAUGCUUAAGGGAUGGGACCGGUAAUAUGUUCCCUGGUAUUGCUCCAGGGAAUGCUAAAGAGGGAUUUAUCUUGUCCGCUUUGGUCGAUUCGCCGCUUUCGCC